CGAAAAAGACAGAAGGUGUGAGCUUCGUAGCUUCGGUAAUCGCCAUCGUCCCUGAGAAAGAUUGAGUGCAAUUACUGAAGAAGACAGUUAGGUGUGUGGCUCUCUCCAUUGUUUUUUCCACUUUCAUUCAUUCUCAUCUUCUCAUACCUCCAAAACCAAAAACCCACUAUUGACAUUUCAGAGACACAUUUUCCAUCUGAGUUGUUCCUUUCUCAUUGGACCCGCCACGUGUCCACUCCCAACAUAUAACACACCGUACCCCUCACUGCGCUCGCGGCGUCUCUUAGCCGCGCUGCCGCUUCUCCUCUUAACGUGCGCCACUAUUGUCACCGCUUCCCGAUCCGAUCAUCCAAACCCUAGUUUCAAUCCCGAUUUCGCGUUGUUGUUCUGAUUGCGAGAUUCGAUUCUGAUUCUGAUGCCGAUUUCAGCUGGGAAUAGCCGUUGAAUACUGAAUUCUGAAUUCUGAUUGUUAUGGUGAUAUGAUCUUGGAAUUUUUGAGAGAGAGAGCGAAUUUUAGGUGAGGAAACGAAGAGGAAGAUGAUGCAGAGACGGAGUCCUCCGAAACAUAGGCACGAUGGGACUUCGCCGCUGCCUCUCGGCAUGGAUUGGAGUCCCGCACCUCGAAAAUGGUUAAAAUAGCGAGUUCAAUUUCGAGGUUCAGUGGUUUUGGAUUGAUUGAUGCGGAAAGCUUGCGCGUGAUCGUGGUGAAACUGUAUCUAUUCUUUUAGCAUCGAUGAGUGUGACUUUAAUGGGCGAGAUACAGUAUGGCCACACAAUCAUCGUACUGGUUGGAGUUACUGUGUCACAAUACCUUCUUGGGUUUUCCUUCCGAAAUCAAAGAAUUCAGAUCCUAUAGUGGGUGCAAGUUGGCAUUCAGUCACCAGACGGGAUUACAACACUGCAUGUAGUACUUAGAAGGUUCAAUGAUUUUCUAAAGUUGUUUGCCGAUGUUAAAAAGGAGUUUCCCAGGAAAAAUAUCCCUCCAGCACCACCCAAGGGACUCAUGCGAUUGAAAAGCCGGGCUUUGUUGGAAGAGAGAAAGUCCUCAUUGGAGGAGUGGAUCACCAAACUUUUGUCUGACAUUGAUAUAUCAAGGUGCGCUGCGGUGGCAUCAUUUCUUGAACUAGAAGCUGCUGCUAGAUCCUCUUUCCAAGAUGCAAGCCAGCAGAGCUCUGAAUCAGAUCCUGAUUCCAAUAACAGAGCUUAUUCAGUUCAAUCACCUCUCCAUUCAAGCCUAUCAUUGGCUGCUGGAAGUUCAUCUAUUGCCUCUGAUUAUGGUAGUGAUACAGCAUAUGAGCCAUCUGAUCUAGGAACUCCAAGAAUUGGACGUGAUGACAAUUCUGAAGGCGGCACAGAUGAUCUAACAGUAGAUGAAGAGAUCACAAAUCCAAUGGAAAAGCUUAUGAAAUACGGUAUAUCAAAUAUUGAUGAGGGUUUGUUCAUGGGUCAGACUAUUCUAGAGCAAUUGGAAGGCCUUCCUAGGCAUAAAGUAAAUGCCAGACAUGUCAAUUAUGUUACAGAGAAGGAAAAGAAUAAUGGUAAUUCUUAUAAUGCUUCACAUUUAGCUAAUAAUUCUAUGGAGCUUUUCUCUGAGACUGAGCAUGCUCCUGUUAUCAAUCACACUCGCAAGCUUUCAUCUGAGAGUAUUGGGAGUGAUGGUAGCUCAAUACGAGGUAGUGAUAUGUCUAAUUCUGGAUUUCGAAAUUCAUCUGGUGAUGGUUCUCAUGACGUUCCUGGAGGUGCUAUGGUUUCAAGACCAACAGAUAUUAUGGGCCGUGCACAAUCACAGUCUUCUGGUGAUGGUCAAAUAGUCCUUCCACUAGAUCAACGCAAUAAAUUGAACAGGAUUCUUUUAACCAUGCAGCGAAGGCUAGUCAGUGCAAAAACUGAUAUGGAGGACCUUAUAGUCAGAUUAAAUCAAGAGAUAGCUGCAAAGGAUUUCCUCACAACGAAGGUCAAGGAUUUGGAAGUAGAACUUGAAACUACCAAACAGAAAAGUAAGGAGAACUUGCAGCAGGCUAUUCUGAUUGAGAGGGAAAGGUUUACGCAAAUGCAGUGGGAUAUGGAGGAACUCCGGCGGAAGUCACUCGAAAUGGAGAUGAAACUGAAGUCUGAAUCGGGUGGAAAUUCAAGUGAGAAUUUAUCAAAGGAUGCAGUUGUUCAGCAGAAAGAUGUACUGUUGCAGAAUUUAAAUGCUGCUAAAGAGCAGCUGGAAAUUUUGUCAAAACAGUAUGGGGAGCUAGAAGUAAAGUCAAAAGCAGAUGUUAAGAUUCUGGUUAAAGAGGUCAAAUCUCUUCGUAAUACCCAAAAGGAGUUGAAGAAGGAGCUUAGUGAGUCAGUAAAGGAAAAGUGUGAAACUGAGAAACUUAUUCAACUAGAAAGAGAGAGGAGGGAGCAGACAGAAACUGCUUGGCGAGAGCUGCUGCAAAAAUCCCGGCUUCUUUUCAACCAGCUUCAAGAGUGCGAUGUCAAUCUUCCUAGCGAAGAUGAAGAUAGGGCAACAAUCAAGAGUUCAUCAUCAAGUGAGACUUUUAAUCAGUUAGCAGCAUCUGAUGGACAAAUUGACUUCCUAAUACGAGAGGUAGAAAACUUAGGGAAGGACUACGGAAGUGGUGCUUCUAGUGUAGAUAAAACCAAUAAAAUUAAAGAUGGUAUACUCUGUGAUGAUGAAGUGAGAAAGAUCAUUGCAGAUUUGUUCAUGGACAAUGUUAGAUUGAGAAAACAGACAAACCGCAUUACAAGGCAAGCUUUCAAAUUGGACAUGAAAGAAAAUGAUGCUUCUCCUACGGAAAAUGUAACAAGUAUUUAGGAAUAUUUAUGGAGCGGCAGUAUAUAUUUUUUCUUCCUUUUUCCACUUAUCCCUGUGGAUGAUCACUUGCUAUUCCUAUUAGGUGACUUGACCCAAUACUGAAUGAAGUAGCCCCCUCGUGUAUUUUCCACUUGUACCAGUUCUUACCUUGCACAGAUAAUACGAGCUUUUUUACUUUGCACCACUUUAUUUAUUUACUAGAAAGGAACUUUAAAUAA